CAUGGCCCCGUGGACGAGCUGCCGAAGCCCAAGGGCGUGCAGGGCCCGACGACGGUGGCCGAGCUGCUGGACCCGAAGACCAUGGCCCCCGUGGACGAGCUACCGAAGACCAAGGGCACGGUCAAGCUGCUGUACACCAAGUGCGUGAAGCGCGGGACGCCCGUGGCCGAGCUGUGGUACAUCGAGGGCACAACCGUGCGUGUAGGUGAAAUCGUCUGA